UGUGGUGCUACACAUAAUGUUCUUCAGCGUAACUGUAGGGUCAUCACUCCUUGUGUGCCAUUACGCUGAUCUAGAGUGUACCAAUUUUCAACAGCUUUCGGGCCCAAUAGUUUUGGUGCGACACUCGCUGUCGAAUACUCUUAUUACCUCUUUCGCACUAGACACGCCCAUAUGUACUUUGUGGAUUGGUACGGUAAUUUACGCUGCUUUAUCAUCUGCGAGCUGUGCUUUUGGGGUCCAGUCAUCUACGGUCUGAUAAUCGGAGAUCAAUGGCGGGUUACUCUUGCAACUUGGGUGGAAGGCUGCUUCUUCGCCUGGUUGUUUGGCAUCGACAAUUUUCUGUUUAUAAUUGUGAAAGUUCUCGCCCAAGCACUAAGUAGAGGCGACAUACUGGAGCAUAUCGAUUUGCAGGGCGCCUACCUCAGAGCGCACGAAAACGGCAAGGAGCUCUCGACUCUGCUGAGCUUGGAGAAAACUCCACAGAGAAAUAUGUUCCUACGGUACGCAGAACGACGCCACUGCGCGGAACAAGUAGCAUUCCCAAUCGAGGUCCAGGCGUGUUCGCUGGCGAAGUAUAGCAACAACCAGUCCAUAGUGGAGAAAGCGGUGCAUAUUGCCAAUACAUAGGUACGGUCGGAUAGCGAGAAAGAGGUCAACUUGCCCGGGGCGAAACGAGAUAAACUCUUACGCAGCAUAGAAGAG